AUGUCUAUACUCAAGCGAAUGUUGGAUGCAAAUUCGCGAUCUUGGCAUACAGAGUUGGAUCACACGUUAUGGGCUUAUAGAACUUCCAAACGGACUCCAACUGGUACUACACCUUAUGCCUUGAUGUAUGGACAUGAUGCAGUACUACCUCUUGAAAUUAAUGUUCAGUCACUGAGGGUUUGCGAGCAUCACCAGUUGAUUGGCGAGGACUAUGGCCAAGCUAUGCAUCAAGAGCAUGAGGACUUGGACUCUCGCCGGAUGGAAGCUCUCGACAGCCUUAUUGCCGAAAAGAAAAAGAUAGCACGGCUUUAUGACAAACGCACGAGAGGACGCAGCUUUGGAGUUGAGGACUUAGUUUGGAAAGCUUGUUUGCCUUAUGGUGAGCGCGUUGAUGGUUGUGGUAAAUGGUCUGCUAAAUGGGAAGGUCCUUUUGUGAUUGAUCAAGUAAUGGGCAAAAGCGUUUAUUACCUUCGCGACACUGAUGAGAAUGUUCACAGAAAUCCCAUGAACGGUUGCCAUCUUAAGAAGUACUUUCCUAGUGUUUGGGAGUAUGCAGAUCCACCGGCUGCGGUGCAAGCAAAGUAA